AUGUCCCUCGCCGCCGCUCCCGGCGCGUCGUCGCGCGUCGCGCAUCGCGCUCGGCGCGACGCGCGAUGCCGCGCGAGCGACGGCGCGUCCGUCGUCGCACCGCACGCCAAAGUCUUGCGAGACCUCCUGCGGUCGCCUCGAAUCGUGCAAGCGCCGUGCGCGCACGACGCGUUGAGCGCGCGCCUGAUCGAACGCGCCGGGUUCUCCGCCGCGUUCAUGUCGGGAUUCUGCGUGUCCGCGUCGAGGUUGGCGCUGCCAGACACCGGAUUGAUCUCGUACGGGGAGAUGGUGGACGUCGGGCGCACGUGCAACGACGCGACGAGCGCGAGUUUCCCAAUCGUCGGCGACGGCGACGACGGGUACGGGAACGCGAUGAACGCGAAGCGCACGGUGCGCGGGUACGCCAAGGCUGGGUUCGCGGGUAUAUUGAUAGAGGAUCAGGUGGCGCCGAAGGCGUGCGGGCACACGAAGAAUAGACGAGUGGUAUCGCGCGAGGAGGCGACGACGCGCGUGCGAGCGGCGUGCGACGCGCGGGACGAGGAUGGAUCGGGAAUCGUGGUGUUCGCGAGGAGUGAUUCGCGAAGUGCGGUGGAUUUAGAUGAGGCGCUGUGGCGCGCCGCGGCGUUCGCCGACGUCGGCGCGGACGCGCUCUUCGUCGACGCGCUGCGAUCGAAGGAAGAGAUGCGAGCGUUUUGCAAAGUCGCCCCGGGCGUGCCGAAGAUGGCCAACAUGCUCGAAGGCGGCGGUUCGACGCCGAUUUGCACGCCGCAAGAGCUCGAGGACAUGGGCUUCAGCAUCGUCGCCUACCCCCUGUCGCUGCUCGCCGUGAGCGUCAACGCGAUGGAACGCGCGCUGAGAGAAAUCAAACUCGAGGGCUACCCGCGCGACGAGACGCUCCCGACGUUCGCCAGGCUUCAAGAAUCCGUCGGUUUCCCCGAGUAUUACGCCGACGACGCGCGCUACAAAGCCUGA